AUACCUGUGACCCUGGCUCUGAAGGACUCCCAGCACCCAGAUGAGGACCUGGGCACCCUGGAGCUCAACGUCACCCUCACCCCAAAAGACAGUCCCAUAGAGGAACGACGGGACUCAACGCAGCAGCAGUCAGUGCGUCUCUCUGAGCUGCAUCGUAAAGCCCAGCUGUGGCGAGGGAUUGUCAGCAUCGCGCUCAUUGAAGGUCGGAAUCUGAUUCCCAUGGAUCCUAAUGGGCUCAGCGACCCGUACGCCAAGUUCAGACUGGGACACCAGAAGUACAGGAGCAAGACGGUGCCAAAGACACUGAGUCCACAGUGGAGGGAGCAGUUUGAUCUGCAUCUGUAUGAGGAGACGGGGGAGGUGUUGGAGAUCACAGUUUGGGACCGAGACACAGGACGGAGAGACGACUUCAUUGGACGGUGCCAGUUGGACCUCUCUACUCUGUCCAAGGAGCAGACUCAUCACCUGGAGCUUCCUCUGGAGGAGUCGCGGGGAUACGUGGUGCUCCUGGUCACACUGACCGCCUCAUCCCAUGUCUCCAUCGCCGACCUGUCAGUCACACCGCUGGACGACCCACAGGAACGAGCAGAGAUACUCAGACGAUACGGUAUAUGGAAGUCUCUCUCUAACAUGAGAGAUGUUGGUAUUGUGCAGGUGAAGGUGAUGAGAGCUGAAGGACUCAUGGUUGCAGAUGUAACUGGUAAGAGUGAUCCUUUCUGUGUGCUGGAGCUGAAUAACGACAGACUACAGACUCAUACUGUUUACAAGAACCUCAAUCCAGAGUGGAACAAAGUCUUCACUUUUAAUGUGAAGGACAUCCAUUCAGUGUUAGAGGUGACGGUGUUUGAUGAGGAUAGAGACCGGAGCGCUGACUUUCUGGGAAAAGUAGCCAUUCCAAUAUUACGUAUUCGUAACGGUGAACAAAAGGGAUACCUGUUAAAAAAUAAGCAGCUGACAGGUCUGACCAAAGGCGUCAUCUACUUAGAGAUCGAUGUCAUCUACAACACGGUAAAGGCUGCUUUGAGGACGGUGGUCCCUGCAGAGCAGAAGUACAUAGAAGAAGAGCCAAAAGUCUCCAAGCAAUUGCUGCAGCAGAACUUUAACCGUGUGAAGCGGUGCAUCAUGGUCCUGUUUAGCUACGGGACGUACAUCAACAGCUGUUUUGAAUGGGAGUCUGCACAGAGGAGCAUCAUCUCAUUUGUGCUGUUCGUGGUCGUCGUGUGGAACUUUGAGCUCUACAUGCUGCCGCUGGCCCUGCUGCUGCUGCUGCUCUGGAACUACUUUUUCUCCUCCAGCAGAGAUACAGCUGAUAUGUCAAUGGAGGCCAUGUUUGAAUGGGAAGAUGAAGACGAGGACAAAGAGGAUAAGGACUCAGAGCCCAAAGGCUUCAUGGAUAAACUUUACGCCAUCCAGGAUGUAUUUAUUAGUGUACAGACCGCUUUGGAUGAGGUGGCAUCGUAUGGAGAGAGGAUAAAAAACACAGUAAACUGGACAGUGCCUUUUCUAACCUGGUUGGCAAUCACUGCCUUAUUUUUGGCCACAGUUCUACUCUACCUCAUACCUAUAAGAUACCUUGUGCUUGCAUGGGGUGUGAAUAAAUUUACCAAAAAGCUUCGUGAUCCAUACAUGAUCGACAACAACGAGCUGGUCGACUUCCUGUCCAGAGUGCCCUCGGACGUUCAAGUGAUGCAGUACCGUGAACUGAGGGUGGAUCCAGGACAAAGCCCCAACAAACGCAGAAGGACCAACCCCAGCUAAAUGCACAGCCAUACGGAUAAUCAAUCCUGUUUGUGAAUGCACCAAAACAAACAGUAAACACUGUAAACUAUAUUAUUUAUAUAUUUCUUGUAUAUUUUGUCUUUAGAGGUAUGUUGUUUUUGUGUUUUUUAAAGUUGUGUUAUGGUGGGAAGACACAGAUUUAUUUUCUAAAUCUUGUAAAAAAAAAAAAAAAAAA